UGUAUGCCUCCAUAUGAAGAAAAGCCAGGAGUGUCCAAAAAAUCCUGAAGUAGCACUUUUAGGGGAGUGUGUUGAGAGGUGUUCUCAUGACCGUGACUGUCCAAAAGAUGAGAAAUGCUGCAGCAAAGGAUGUGGACAACAGUGUAUGCCUCCAUAUAGAGAAAAGCCAGGAGUGUGUCCAAGCAAAAACCUUGGAAUAGGAGUGUGUGCUGAAUUGUGUUCUCAUGACAGUGACUGUCCGAAUGAUGAGAAAUGCUGCAGCAAUGGAUGUGGACAUCAGUGUAUGGCUCUAUCUAAAGGUAUGUUAUAUUAAUGCAUUGGU